UACGGAGCAACUACUGAAGUCCACACUACAAAUCCAAAAUGCGUUUUGUUAUAUUGACCGUUUUGGUGGCAUGUGCCAUGGGCAUGGAAUUCGACUUGAAGAAUCUCCAGGGGAUGCUUGGAGGUCUCGGCGGUAUGGGAAACAUCGGCAACUUGAUGGGACAAGCCAAGAACAUGAUGGAAGGACUCAACCUGGACGACAUUUCCUCAAUGAUUAAAGACAUCGACCCCGAAGAGCUGAAGGGAAUCAUCGACCACAUGCCUCCACAAAUGAUGGAGAUGGUCGAGGGAAUGGGAAUCUCCAAAGAAGAAAUCAGCGAAGCCGCCGCUCACCUGCCAGAGCACGUAGACGAAGUCAAGGGUAUGAUCGGCGAGGCCCAGAACGGAAAUAUCCAGAAGCUGGUGAAGUCUGAGCUCCAGAAUAUGGGACUUCAGAUACCGGAAGAGGAUGAUAUGGGAAACAUUAUGAGUACUUUGAAAACCCAAGCUAAGGAAAAAAUGAGCGAGUUUGGUCUUGACGUCGAGGACUUCCAAGAUAUCAAAUCUGCCAUGCCCAAACUGAUGUCCGUCCUGCAGAAACAACUGAAGGAACAAGGCGUUGAAAUUGAAACAGCAAACCCAGAAGGCAUGAAAAAACAGCUUGAGAAAAUGCUAAUGGUACAUUUCGAAAUCCCAGAGGACGCUUCCCCAGAAGAGAUGAGGGCCAGAGUCAUGGGCAAGAUGAGGGAAUACAUUGCAGAUCUCGGAAUCGAAUAUACCGAGGAGGACAUGGAAACCCCAGAGAAGGCAAUGAACAUGCUCAAGAAGAAGUUCCUUAACACCGCCAACGGUUACGGAUUUGAAUUUAAAGAUGAUGCUUCUUUCGACGAGAUCAAGGAGGCUGUCAUGAGCAAAGUGAAAAACUCUGGAAUCCUUGAAAACCCCAUGCAAUACCUGCCCAUGCUCAUCAAGGGUUUCAACAGUAUCGGCGGGAUGAAAAUGCUGAUGGGCGAGACCGAACAGCCACAACCCCAAAUGCAGAUGUCUCCUGAACAGAUGAUGAUGAUGCAGCAGCAGAGACAACUGAUGAUACAGAGACAAAUGAUGAUGCAGAGGAGGCCAAUGCCCAUGAACAUGAACUUCGAGAUCAACGUUGAUGGCCAGAACUCCUACAGGCCACCAAAUGCCUUCCCUGCCUACCUGAGAGGUGCUGAGGAUGCCCUUAUGCAUGCUUAUGGUGAUGACGAGGAGGUUGUCCGUCACGUGAUGACUGUACAACAAGGAAUUUCCCAAGGCGCUGUUUCCGAGGAGGCCGUCCACGAGCUUCUCUCCGAUCUUAUGCACGCUCGCCUCCAGACCCGUGUCCUUGCUGCCAGGAACCAGAUGUUGGAGCAGCAGGUCAUGCACGAGCAGUUUGAGACUCGUAUCCCAGUCAGCAAGAGUCCCUUCCUUAACCAUAUCCGCCACAAGUACAGGCACGGAAGGAAAGUCGACCUCGAGUAAAGUCGCCAGCUAAGUAGAAGAGCAAGCCCUGUGUGAAUCACACUGGGGCGAUUUUAGAAUUAAUUGACGGCACAUUUGUCCGCAUCUAUAAAUAUGGUUGUAGAAUGAACUUGAUAAAAAAAUCUCUCGUCGUCAGAAAGCUACGUUAUCUUAGCUAUCCAUAGGGUAUCAUCAUACUUGCCUGUUGAGUGUCAUAGAAUUAAACAAGAUGUGGUAAACAGUAGAUAAAAUUCAGACCAUAAGUAAAGCGAUACACCUGUUCUGUGGAGGAAAAUGAAAAGACAAAUCCAUAAAAAAAAUGAAAGGAUUUUAUUGUAGCACCUCACAUUCAGUUGUUUUUGAUUUCAGAGGGGAUGAUUGGAAUCAAGAACUAAGGAAAUAUACCUUUAUAUCCUCAAUCACAAAUUAAAAAUUACACUUUUAUAAGUUUGCUUAUUGAAUGAUCUAUUGUGAUAGGAUAUCGACCAUCAUGAUAAGAUUACCAGGUAUUAUACCGUUUUUUGCUGGUGCAUUCGAUAAGUAGGUUUUCGUUAUACUUUUGAACGUGCUAAUAAUUCUUCUGUGCUAAAUUAGUUUCAGUUGUUAUCUGUUAUAAACUUUAUGAUAUUAACUUUAUUUAUUUUACAACAAUUAUAAAACAAGAUGGAAGAAUCGGUAGUAGAGAAAAACUAAAAGGAAUUGAAUAAGAGUGAUCAUGAUAUGAUAAUAAUUAGUACGAUACUUGCCAAAAAAGUAUUGUUAAAAAGUGAUUGGAUUCUGUUUUAACAAAUCAAUUCUCUAUAAAACAAUUAUCUUAAAAUCAAAUGCCUUCAAUUUUUAUUAAUACACUGCGUAUAAUUGUGAUGCAUUUUGGUUAUAUACACUGUAGGUGUAUUUCGAAUGAAAUGUAGAGUGAGGGCGUAGAGUGAAUAUAAGACCGUUAAACACAUUCAGUUGUCCAGAUCUCGAGUGUUAUAACAUGUUAUUCAUAAUUUAUUAUACUUAACAAAUAUAUAAUAUUUCAUUCAUGAUUCAUUUUGCUUACAAAAUAUAAUACAGUUAUAAAAUUCAUAUUAACGAAUAUAAAUAUGAAAGCGCCCAUCUCCGUUUCCUACAGAAAACACGUAUAUUGAAACAUCGUUUCAAUCAUAUAUACAUUGAAUUGUAAGGUCACUUAAUUACAGACUAACAGUGAUUUAUUUCAAGCACCAAUUGCAUAUCAAAUCAAUUUUUUAUUUGUUUUGCAUUUUUUUUUGUAAUAUGAAAACUUGAACUCGUACUGUAAUAAUAUUAAUUUUUCGUUUUUGUUUUUUAAACUCAUGCAAGGGCAUGCAAGAAUUGAUUUUGUGAAGUUCUAGAAAAGAAAUGUAAUACAAUGGUGUCAUUUUGCUGUAUUACAGCCAUCAUUAAUAAUGUUGUUGAAUGCAUGUUUGAAGUCAGCAUGUGAUUUCUGGCGAUAUUUUGAUCUUAUUGCAUUCAUACAUUUUACAUCUGUAAUAUUUCCGUUUGAUUCGUCUACAUAAUGAAAUUGAUUUUACAUGAUAUCCAGUGCAAUCAUCUUCUUAUAUUUAUUUUACCAUUUUUUAAAAUUGGUUCAAAUUCAUGUCAAAUCUGUUAUUUUGUGAAAUCGGGUGAUAAAUUAGAUUUGAAAUUUCUCCACAGAAUGUUUGUAACAUGAUGAUUGUUUUAAAUUUGUAUUCCCUUCACAUAUUAAGCAUACAUAGGGGACUGGCCCAACAUGUCGAGUGAAAAGGCGAUGAAAAUAUUUCCAGUGUAAUAGUGAUUAUUCUUUAUUAAAGUGGUAUUUAUGCUGGAAAAUCGCACAAUUACAGAAGUGUUAACGUUUGAUUUUUUUAAUACACUAAGAACAAGAAUGUAAGGAUAAUUGAUAAUUGAUUGGAUAAUUUUUUAGAAAUGUUGGAUGUUGCAUGAAGUAGACAAUAUUUCACGCUGUCAAAUGCAUACUGUACUUCACUUACGACAUGCCCUAGGCAUUUUAGUGAUUGGGAAUGUUUAGAAUUUUGAAUGUUAUGCCUUCCAAAGUUAUCCGUAGACCCUUUUCCUUCCCAAGUCAGUUGGAUAUUUACAGUGACACAGACCAGAAAAAAGGGAAAGGGAGCGUUUAUAAUGUAAGGGAUGCUUAUCAAUGUAAAGCGAUAUGUACGACUUGUAGUUUGUGUUAAAUUCAUGUUCAGCUUACAAGAGUCUGUACCUGUGGUUCCUGGUGACAAGCCUGCGGACAGGAACACGCUGUCCCUUAUUGUACACAUGCUGUACCUGUAUAAUCGUACGUGUAUCAAGUGAUCCGUUGUGUUUUGUCUCCUACAUAUUAUUAUAGAAAUGCAAUAAAUCUACAUUGUUAUAUCUUA